UGAAUCUCUCUGGGCUAUUGGAUGUAAAUCCCGUAAUUGUAUCCAUUUGUCAUUAAUUCGGCUGUUAUUUAUUUAAAUUCUGCCACAAAACGAAACGAAUCAAACGCCGAAACUCAAAAGCGCGCCAAGAAGCUGCGUAUCUCAUUCUCAUGGCCAUCGAGUCUCUCGUCCUCGGCGCUGGGCAAGAGGUAGGUAAGAGCUGUGUAGUGGUGACAAUCAAUGGGAAGCGAAUCAUGUUCGACUGCGGAAUGCAUAUGGGGCAUCUAGACCACCAACGCUACCCCGACUUCUCUCUCAUUCCUAAACCUGAACCCGACCCGAACUUCGAUCACGCCCUCACUUGCAUCAUCAUCACCCACUUUCACUUGGAUCACGUUGGAGCCCUCCCUUAUUUCACGGAAGUCUGCGGUUAUCGUGGCCCCAUUUACAUGACGUAUCCGACAAAGGCAUUGGCUCCUAUAAUGUUAGAGGACUAUCGAAAAGUGAUGGUUGAGCGAAGGGGUGAGGAAGAACAGUUUUCUUCUGAUCACAUUGCCGAAUGCAUGAAGAAAGUUAUACCAGUGGAUCUGAAGCAAACAGUGCAGGUUGAUAAAGACCUUCAAAUCCGUGCGUACUAUGCAGGACAUGUUCUUGGAGCUGCAAUGUUUUAUGCAAAGGUGGGAGACGCUGCUAUGGUAUACACAGGAGACUAUAAUAUGACACCAGAUAGGCAUCUUGGAGCAGCUCAAAUUGAACGACUAAAUUUGGACCUUCUUAUUUCAGAGUCCACAUAUGGAACAACCAUCCGGGAUUCAAAAUAUGCCCGGGAAAGAGAAUUUCUCAGAGCUGUUCACAAAUGCGUCGCUGGUGGUGGAAAAGUGCUAAUUCCAACAUUUGCCCUUGGGAGAGCUCAGGAACUCUGUAUCUUGCUGGAAGAUUAUUGGGAGCGCAUGAAUCUAAAGGUUCCUAUUUACUUCUCAGCAGGUUUGACCCUUCAAGCCAAUAUGUACUAUAAGAUGCUUAUCAGUUGGACCAGCCAGAAAGUUAAAGAAACGUACUCCACACGCAAUGCAUUUGAUUUUAAAAAUGCUCACAAGUUUGACCGUUCUAUGAUCGAUGCUCCUGGACCUUGUGUUCUGUUUGCCACACCAGGGAUGAUCAGUGGUGGUUUUUCACUUGAAGUUUUCAAGCACUGGGCUCCUUCGGAAAUGAAUCUUGUUACACUGCCCGGGUAUUGCGUGGCUGGAACUAUAGGACAUAAAUUGAUGUCGGGUAAACCCACCAAAAUUGAUCUGGACAAGGACACGCAAAUUGAUGUGCGAUGCCAGAUUCAUCAUCUGUCUUUCAGUCCUCAUACAGAUGCCAAAGGGAUUAUGGACCUUAUCAAAUUUCUCUCCCCCAAGAACGUGAUACUUGUUCAUGGCGAGAAGCCUAAAAUGGCUACUCUAAAAGGAAAAAUACAGUCCGAACUGGGAAUUCAAUGUUAUGACCCUGCAAACAAUGAGACUGUCUCAAUUUCUUCAACCCACUAUGUGAAGGCAUUAGCUUCGGACGCAUUUAUCCGAAGCUGCUUAAAUCCAAACUUCAAGUUUUCGAAAAGCAGCCAAGAAGAUGAACACGGUUCAAAUUCGAGGAACAAUAAUUCCACUCCGCGACUGCGAGUAAGUGAUGAGAGGGUAGCAGAAGGGGUCUUGGUUAUGGAAAGAAACAAAAAAGCCAAGGUAGUACACCAAGACGAGCUUCUGCUCAUGUUAGGAGAAAAGAAGCACCAAGUUCAAUUUGCUUAUUGCUGCCCUGUUGAUAUUGGCAACUCGGGAGAGACCAAAAGUUCCACAACAAAUGAUGAGUCGAGCACUCUCUCUCUCUCUCACAAUCAUGUCUCUAUUUCUCUCUCAAUUAUAAUUGGCAAUUCAAUUGCCUCUUUUUCUCAUAAUUUCGUCACAAACAUGUCCUCGGAAUCUUCGGCUACGACGGCGGCAGCGGCUGAGUCCCAUGCGCCGCUCCUCCUUCCCCGCCAGGCGAGCAGUGGCCGCGACUCCUCCGACCUCGGCUCCCCGACCGCCCGACCCGCCACGCUGGCGAUGCUGCUGGGGCGGGCCACCGGGCGCCGUGGCCCCUCGAUGCUGGUGCGGGAGACGGCGGCGAGGGAACUGGACGAGCGGCGCGCCGACUGGGGCUACUCCAAGCCGGUGGUGGCUCUGGACAUGAUGUGGAACACGGCCUUCGUGGUGGUGUCGGUGGCGAUGCUGAUAUGGACAGAACAUGAGCACCCAAACACGCCGAUCCGGCUGUGGAUCUGUGGAUAUGCGCUGCAGUGUUUCGUGCAUGUGGUGUUGGUGUGGGUUGAGUACCAGAGAAGGAAUAAUAUUGCUCGGAGGAUCAGUAGAAGAAACCAGGACGCCCAGCAGAACCAGCACCAGGUCGAAAUCGAUGCAAAUGAUACCGACGAUGAAGAAGCAGAAGCAGCAGCUAGGGAUUUGGCGAUUUCCACUCGCUCCAGUCUCUCUAAACGAUGCGAAACAGUGAAUACAAUGGCAUCAUUUCUCUGGUGGAUAGUUGGCUUUUAUUGGGUAGUCUCUGGCGGUGAAGUUCUUCUGCAAAAUGCUCCACGUUUGUACUGGUUGGCUGUGGUUUUUCUGGCAUUUGAUGUCUUCUUUGCCAUCUUUUGUGUUGUUCUGGCAUGUUUGAUUGGAGUUGCUCUUUGUUGCUGUUUGCCAUGCAUCAUUGCAAUUCUUUAUGCGGUUGCUGGACAGGAAGGUGCAUCUGAAGCAGAUCUCAGUAUUCUUCCAAAAUACAAAUUUCGAUCGAGCAGUGAGGAAAAAUCUAGUGUUGGAGCAGGGAAAAUGAUUCCAGUAGAAACAAGCAGUGGGUACCUAGCAAUUGAGCGUAUACUUUUACCUGAGGACGCGGAAUGUUGUAUAUGUCUCAGCCCCUAUGAGGAUGGUACAGAGCUUCACACUCUUCCCUGUAAUCAUCAUUUCCACGCUACUUGCAUUGUGAAAUGGCUUAAAAUGAAUGCAACAUGUCCUCUCUGCAAGUACAACAUUCUCAAGGGAAAUGAACCGGUUUGAAGGUUCAACAGGACACUGCAAGUGGUUGGUUCUGCACACAGUGGCGUAUGUACAGAAAUGUCAAGGCAUAAAGAGCAAAGAUUUUAAAUAUUUAUUGAUAUUGAAUUACAGCAUAGUUAACUGGACCUCAUUUUGUCUGUUUUCCGGCCAUUUGGAGUCGUUUUGAUUCUUUCUGUUUUCGUCUGUGCUGUUUCAUGCCUGUGCAAAGAUGGAGAAAAAGAUACAGGGUUCAACAUCUUAAUGUGUUACCUAGGGUUCCUUUCUUAGCAAGGAAAACGAUUGUUUUACAUAUUUUUUAUGUAUUUCUGUUGAUGUGGUGUAACUCGGUUAUUCUGGCAGUAGUCUUGGUUAUA